CACAUGCUCAUAUCAGUUAGCAAGUAGCGGCUUGAUAGCUCUCAGUCUGUUCUCAUUUCAGAGGCACUGUCGUUAUAUUACAUAUUAUUAUGUAUAUUACAUAUAAGUUUUACAGAGUCUUAUAAACCACCCUUCACUGAGGGUGACGCGUUUACAAGAAAGAUAUAAAAAUAUCUAAAUGUCUGGGUCGCUUCUAUUGUAGCUACAUUUCACGUAAGGAGUUCUGUGGGCACCAGCUUUUAAUAAAGUCUUACAAGAUCGUAAUAAUUAAAACCAAUAAUAAUUUUGACCAAGGUUAGUGGUGUGUAAGCUGUUUUCGCAUCCGAUCACCACUAAAAAUGUAAUGGGAUGAUCACUCAGAACAGAAGAAUGGAAAAACAAUAACACCAGCUCCAUUGGUUUAUCAUUGACAGCUAUGGAGUUUCUCCCAGUACUUGACCCUUUAGAUAAACCCAAAGAGGGAAUAUGGUAUUCUCUGAUACCCAGAGGAAGUGCUCCAGGUGUUAGUGUGGGUCACACUUGCACAUUUACUCCGUCUGAAGAAGGAGGGAAAGGAAGAAUCCUUAUUGUUGGGGGAGCCAACCCCAGUGGCAGUUUCUCACAUUCCCAUAUCAUAGAUCUAGAUAAUCAUGAAUGGGACAUUCCAGAGUGGGAGGGCUUGGAGGCACGAUAUGAACACUGCAGCUUUGUGCCAGAGAGCUGCCCACAGAGCCUGUGGGUGUUUGGGGGGGCACAGCAGAGCGGCAAUCGCAGUUGUAUCCAGAAUAUACAGUUAACAGGCAGUGGGUCCCACUGGAAAGAUGUAUCGGUAAAUGGGAAGCCCCCUUGUCCCAGGACAUACCACACCAACUCAGCCUGCCUUGGGAACAGAUUGUAUGUCUUCUCUGGUGGUGAAGCAGGAGCUGCACCUGUGUCAGACCAAAAACUUCAUGUCUUCGAUACAGUGUCUUCCACCUGGUCCCAACCAGAAACACAAGGCAGACACCCACCAGCCAGACACGGCCACAUAAUCGUAGCAGUGGGUGCAAAGAUCUACAUUCAUGGGGGCAUGGCUGGAGACAAAUUCCACAGUGACAUGUACUCUCUCGACACAGGGAGCAUGAAGUGGGAGGUAGUGAAGGCCAAAGGAGACAUCCCACCAGGAGUAGCAGCUCACUCAGCUGUGGCACUGGGAAAGAACAUCUACAUCUUCGGAGGGAUGACAGCAGAUGGAGCCAGCAACUCCAUGUACAGAUUCAACACUGACAAAAGUAGAUGGGUCCUAAUGAAAUUUGAAGGAGAUAUGCCACCCAACCGCCUAGACCACUCCAUGUGUUUACUGCCAUGGAAGGUGCAUGAUGAGGGGAAUGCCAGCAGCCCAGCAGCCUCAGAGACAAUACAUCUGGCCUUUGUAUUUGGAGGGAUGGACACUCAGGGUGUCAUACAUAAUGACUGUAUUGUUACAGUGGUGACAUGAUGUGCCUUGGUAUUGUAACAUUAACUUACUCAAGCUGUAAUAAAAUACUUAUCAAGUACUGCAUAA